AUGGCCUCUUCUUCAACUUCGUUCAUUCAAAAGAGCUUCACAUAUGAUGUGUUUUUAAGUUUUAGAGGUAAAGAUACACGUAAAAACUUCGUUGAUCAUCUUUACUUUGCUCUUCAACAGAAAAACAUUCGUACUUUCAAAGAUGAUAAAAUCAAGAAAGGGAAAAUGAUAAAUGAUGAGCUCAUCAAAUCCAUUAAAGACUCAAAGUUCUACAUUAUAAUAUUCUCCAUGAAGUAUGCGUCUUCAUCAUGGUGUUUGGAUGAACUAGUGAAAAUUAUGGAGUGCCAUAAGAACGCAGAUCAUGUUGUUUACCCGAUCUUCUAUGAUGUAGAACCCUUUGAAGUCCGCAAACUAAGUGGGGUAGUUGGAAAAGCCUUUGCCAAACAUGAAAACGAAAAUCGUGUAGGCAAAUGGAGAGAGGCUCUAAAAGAAGCAGCCAAUCUGGUUGGAUGGGAAUUGAAGAACACUUUUGAUGGGCAUGAAGCUAAACUCAUCCAAGAAGUUGUUGCUGAGAUUUCAUUAGAAUUAUGUAAAUCAAACAAUGAUGAACAAUUAAUAGGCGAGGAGAUUGAGAAAGAGGAUGCUCUUUCAUCUUUAAAAUAUGGCUUUGAUGAUAUUUCCAGAAGUAUGGUCAAGGGAAUGGGAGGUGGUGUGAAGAAAGCUUUAACAAGAGUUGCUUUUGAUCAAAUAUUUUCCCGGUUAAGGAUAGUUCAAAAGUCCAACACUGAGUCACAUCAGCAUGGUGUUAUUGAGUUAACACAAAACAACUCCAAAAAGAAAAGAGACCAUUGA